AUGGCAACAGAGGCGACGACUCAACUUCUAAGAGCACAAGAUCCCGAGCAGAGGCCACUCCUGAAUCGUUCCAUGUACAGUUAUGGCGUGGAAGACGGUCCUUUUUUCAGCUGUACUCCCAAUCCCCAUAGUCAUUUACCCGUGUACACGACUAUUCACAGAAUACGAAGGGAUGUCAUGAGCAUAGUUGAAGACUACCUGACCUUCGAGCAAUUGGGGGAUCUUCGGCUUAAUGUGUCUGUUGUGCGACCGCUAGUUGACAAGCUAUACGAAUUAGAUGAUAUAUCGAUUGUGUAUUGCUUGCUUGUAAACCGCUCGCAAUUUUUACACGAACAGGAACAUAUGAGCAACCGACAAAAUGUUCACUACACGCGGGCGAUGCUUUGUGAAGUUGUCGCAACCCGUAUUCUGAGGCGUUUCGGCGACGAUAACCCAGGCUCUGAGGGACUAUUGCUUCUUGCAAAUCUGCUUGUCGCCGGAUUUGAGCCCUUCCAGAAUGCCCCCGAAGAGAUUCGCCGCGAAGCAUCUUUAGACUCCAGAAUUAAUUAUCAUAGAACUUUGCCUGCUCUGGAAAUCGCCAUUCUUACGGGAAGCAGGUAUUUCCUAAGCUCUACGUACUGCAAAACAGUAGUUGAUGCUAUCUAUAUUGGUCAAAUUGUUUAUACGCCAUCAACUUUCCUUGACCUGAUUCCAGAUCGAUAUAAACGGAAACCUAUUUCACUUUACCAGCCGCAUAAGGAAGCACUACUAAAUCAGUAUCGGUUGAUAGUGCCGCGAACCAGAAAUAUGCUCGAAAUAAUGCAAUUCAUCAUUCUAUUAAUGUUAUACGUUUUAUUCAUGCUUGAACGAGAUCCAACCUAUCUAAGCGUUUUUGAGUUGGCCUUUGCAGUAUAUGCUUUUGGCUGGGCACUCGAUCAGUUUGCAACAAUUCUAGAGCAUGGAUUGUCCGUCUAUGCGCAAAAUCUAUGGUCGUUCUUAGACGUUAUAUUCAUCAUUGUGUACUGGAUGUAUCUCAUUCUACGUGUUCAUGGCUGGAGAAUGGGUGUUUCUGGGCAACCAGCCCUGGAUGUUCUCGCAAUGGGGGCGCCGGUCCUCAUCCCACGGCUGGCUUUCAACCUUCUCUCCGAGAACAUCGUCUUCCUUUCACUGCGAGCAAUGAUGGCGGAUUUUGCCGUGUUAACCUUUCUAGCUGCCUGGUGUUUCUUUGGCUUCUUGUUGUCUAUGGUAUGGCUAGCUGAAGGCCGUCACGAUCCCAUCACCAUCAGUAAAUGGAUGUUAUGGAUCUGGUUUGGUUUAGAUGGCAGCGGAGUAUCUGAGUCGGCGGACUUCCACUGGCUGCUUGGUCCCGUACUAAUGAUAACAUUUGCCUUUCUCGGCAAUACACUCUUUCUGACAAUUCUCGUGUCAAUGUUGACCAAUACUUUUGCCAAUGUGGUCACUAAUGCAACCGCCGAGAUCCAUUUUCGCAAAGCCGUUUUGACGCUUGAGGGCGUCAAAAGCGACGCUAUCUUCGCAUAUCAACCACCGUUCAACAUAAUAGCUUUGUUCAUUCUAGUGCCAAUGAAAUUUCUAGUUAGCCCGCGAUGGUUUCACAAGAUUCACGUGGCCUUUGUUCGGGCUAUCAAUUUUCCAAUACUUCUACUCAUUGCCAUCCUAGAGCGACGUCUCCUGUGGUCGAAAUACACAGGAGAGACACAGCAACAACAGAAGAAAAAAUACCGUGGCAAGGGCCGGUUCUGGGAGAAGUGGCGGAUUACCAGCCACAGCGAUAUUCAGACAGUAUUCGAUAUUCCGCCCCCCGAUUCAGUAGAGGAGGAUAUCGCAGUGGAUGAUGAGUUGACUCACCACAUGAUCCGACGGCAGUUACUACGUCACCAAAGUUCUUCACAGCCUCGGGGUUCAAGCACCACUCGUGAUAUAAAUAAAGAGCCACCCCCCAAGGCACCUAGUCGGCGAGACUCGUUAGCUCCAUUGGGAGUGCCAACCGAUCAGGUCCGUAGCCUAUUGGGCGAGUCAGGCCAUGCUGUAGAGUUAUCAGCAAGAUUAGCCAGCCUUGAGCGCACCUCGUCGCGUAUUGAAGCAGUUUUGGAAAAGAUGUUCGCUAGGAUUUCGCAUGAUGAUGAUGGCUCCUUGGAAGAAGACGAGCGGAAAGAAAGCGAGGUAGAUAUAUUGUAACGAAAAAACACAGAGCAAGGGUACCGCCUAUAUUCAUAGCAAUAUGUGACACUGUGUGAGCACAUGAGCAUUGCGUGAAUAGCCCAUUAUCAGUAUGUUUGCUCAGUGCGCCGAUUACAAGGAGACAAACAUUUUGCUGUCAUACAGCAUGGUAACUUGCACUAUAUCCAUCCACAUACCAAGUAGGGCCCAUCUAUUAACUACUGGCGACGCUAUAUACAGAGAUAUGAAGGUCGUUGUAAGAUACCGAAGGGCUCGUAGAACUAUAGAGUCUGUA